UCAAAAAUCAAAAUGCUGACUUGGCUUGGUGCUAGGGGCAUAGAAUGUGUAACUAGUAUCAGAGGAGGCUACAUCAGUGUGAUUCAAGGACCCUAUAAUAUAGGGAAAAAAUGGUAAACUAGAUAUUAGAAAGCCUGGAUUCUGGACUGCAUUCAACUACAUUAUAACUAUAUGAGCUUUGAAAUCCAUUUUCACCUUUCUCCUGAGUUGUUUUGAAUAUAGGAAGUAAAGCAGUUUGGAAACUAAAGCCUAGGCUAUCAUAAUUAUUAUUGAGACAAUUUUGCAGUAAUAAGAACUCCUUUACUGGUUGUAAUUCCAAUGAUACAAAUUACUUCUUUGAUUUGGACAACAAAGGCAGAGGAAUUCAGAUAAGAAGUUUUUUUCAAAAAAUUUGCAAAAAAAAGCAUGUGUCAUCUUGGAACUUGGGAGGACAGAGAGAAAAACUGGAAGGAUGGAGUGCCCACACUAUUUCAUACAGCAAUAACACCCACUCAUCAAAUUAGCUUAUUAGCCUGGCCUACAGUAGGCCAGAAGCCUAUAGGUAGGGGAAACCCGACCUGGGAAGGUAGGGGCAAGCCCAUGUAGGUCCUGUGACUGUACUCACAGUACAGUUCGGUUUAAGAAGCUCAGAUCUAGCAUAUAUUGUAAAUAUGUGAAUUUCUAGAUUUACACAGCCAAAGGGACAUUAGAGAGAAGGUAAUGAUGAGAUCAUCACCAAAUAUUUAUUGAACACCUUGUAAGGUGCUAAAUACUCUGCUAAGUGCUUUACACUUUCUCAUUGAAUCCCAUUGAAUGGGCAAUAACUCUAUGAGUAGGUGCUACAGUUAACCCCUAUUUUACAAAUAAGGAAGCUUAGGUCAAGUGAUUGAGUACCCAGGAUCACGUAAGCACUAAGUGGCAGGGUCACUUGUCAAUUCAAGUGUGUCUGCCCCAAAACCUAUAUCCUCACACGAUAAGCCCAUGGUCUCUCUCCUUCCUUUUUGUCUAGGUCUUUUUCUACAUUACAUCCUCUUAAUCAUUUGUUUACUUCUAUGCAUUUUGUCAACUAUUUCUGGCCUCUGUGCAUCUAGCUAAUGUGUCAAAGUGAUGUAAAAGUUACUAGGUUUUUAAGCUUUUAGAUAGAAUAAGAUUUAGAUUUUUAAACUAUGUAAUGAAAUUACUUGAUUUGAUUUUUUAAUUGAAGCAUUUUCUAGUAGACUCCUAUAAAGGAGACACUGACUCCCGCGUACUAUUAAAAGUUGAACCUCGUGACUACUGUCUGACUAUGUUUUUCUUUUAGAGAAGUCGGAGGGGGCAGUCUGUGACUUCAUGUAAAAAAUAGCCACCAAAGAUCUAUCCAGCACCAUUUUUAGUUCUUUAAUUUUGAGACAGAAGAUACACUGUCAAGCCCUAGAAGGAUUCUACCAUUUUCUUCUCUACCCUGAAGAGACUUGGAUAUUAAAGGGUAACAUUUUGCAUGAAAAUUUCUGAAUGCUUUUUCUUCUUAUCUCUGAGGCCUUCUGUGGAGAAUUAAUAGGAAGUUGAAUGCGCGAAUGGAUAAAAUGGAUCGUCUUAAAGGAUUGACAUUCCAAAAAUAUAUCAGCAGGACUGGACAGGUUUGACAUAAUGAGAUUUCUAUUUUAGUUUGACUUUUGGAACUCGGAAUAAACUAUAAACUGAGCUACACACAGUCUUGGGAAGGAAAUUUCUCUUCUAAACUAUUCUAGCGGCAUAUAACAUUUUUCUUAUUUAGAGCCUUUGAAAAAAAUCUAUUUAGUUAUCAAUUUCCAGAGGAAUAAGAUGAUUAGACAUAUACCAACUUUUAAUAUAUAAAGUGGGAUAUAAAGCAGCAAUUUAUGUCUUACUGGGAAAAAACUUUAAUUAAAGAAAUAGACAACAGGAAGAGGAGAAAUCUCUGUAUAAGCACUGGCUGAGAUGGCAGAGGCUUCUGUGGAUGGUUCAACUCUUCCCGUAACAGUGAAGAAAAAGAAAAGUCUAUCCAUUGAAGAAAAGAUCGACAUCAUAAAUGCUGUAGAAAGUGGCAAGAAAAAAGCAGAGAUUGCAGCUGAAUAUGGAAUAAAGAAAAAUUCAUUGUCUUCUAUUAUGAAGAAUAAAGACAAAGUUCUAGAAGCCUUUGAAUCUCUGAGAUUUGAUCCAAAGAGAAAAAGACUGAGAACUGCUUUUUACACAGAUCUGGAAGAAGCAUUGAUGAGGUGGUAUAGAAUUGCUCAGUGUCUAAAUGUACCAGUUAAUGGUCCAAUGCUGCGUCUGAAAGCUAAUGAUUUUGCUCAGAAACUGGGACAUAAUGAUUUUAAGUGCAGUAAUGGUUGGCUGGAUCGCUUUAAAUCCAGGUAUGGUUUAGUAUUCAGAGCUCAACCUGUAGAAGCUACAGGUGUAUCAGUAGACCCUUCAACUGUCUGGCACCAAAAUGUACUUCCUUAUUAUUUAAAUGAUUAUCAUCCUAAAAAUGUUUUUAAUAUAAAAGAGACUGGGCUGCUUUAUCGAAUGUUACCUACGAAUACAUUUGCAUUUAAAGGAGAAACAUGCUCAAUUGGGAAGUUAUGCAAAGACAGAAUAACUCUGAUGGUUGGGACAAACAUGGAUGGCUCAGAGAAACUUCCUUUACUGAUCAUUGGAAAAAACAGAAAUCCACAUUGUUUCAAAGGUAUAAAAUCAUUGCCUGUGUAUUAUGAAGCUAACAGAAUGGCAUGGAUGACCUCAGAUGUAUUUGAACAAUGGAUGAGGAAGCUUGAUGAGAAAUUUCAAGCCCAGCAACGAAGAGUGGUGAUUUUUGUUGAUUCUUUUCCUGCACAUCCAGAGGUAAAGAACCUAAAGUCCAUUGAGUUAGCAUUUUUUCCAUCAUGUUUAUCUUCCAAAUUUAUAGCUAUGAAACAAGGUGUUAUUAAAAGCCUUAAAAUCAAAUAUCGACAUUGUCUUAUCAAGAAAUUUUUAAGUUCUGUUGAAGGCAGUAAAGAAUUUACAUUUUCCCUACUAGAUGCAGUUGAUACGUUGCAUCUCUGUUGGAGGGCUGUAUCCCCAGAGAUUAUUGUUAAGAGCUAUGAAGAGGCAGGAUUUAAAUCUCAGCAGGGAGAAAGUGACAAAACAAAUGCAGAGACGGAGAGGGGUCUUGAUUUGGUUGCUCAUGCCCAAGCAGCAGGAGUGGAAUUUCCUGAAGGUUUAUCUAUAGAAGAGUACGCUGCCCUGGACGAUGAUUUGGAGACCUGUGAAGCAGCACCAGAUGGUGAUACGGUGUGGACCAAAGAAAGUAAAUCAGAAGAAAGUGGAUUUUAUACUUCUGACGAAGAAGAUGAUGGAGGAACUGUGGGAACUGAACUCCCUUUACCAUCAAAAAAUGAGGCAAUAACUGCUUUAGAUACUCUUAAAAAUUUUCUUAGAAGUCAAGAUAUGAAUGAUGGGCUUCAUAAUUCUUUAGCAGACCUUGAAAUUUUUAUUAACUCUUUAUCAUCUAAGUAAUUACUUAUUGUACAACAUCUGAAGAGUAAUAGCUUUUCCUGAUGUAUUUUACUAUAUGAGAUAUGUAAAGGGAAAAUACCACUUAAAUAUAAAAAAAUGAAAAAC